UCCCACAUGUGUAAGGAAAAUAAACGUGCAUAGUUUUUAAUAACUUUCGGUGUUUAGCCGAUGUAAACUUUUAAAAAUUCAUAACUCUAUUCUACUAAAUCGAGAGAGCUCAAUGACGCCUACUAUAGCGACAAAGGUCGGGGAGGAGACUGCCACUUCGGCAGAGCAAGAAAAAAAAGUUCCGAAUGUUACAUCGCUUGGGAAUUUCGCUUCUGUAGAAGAGUUUGCAAAGAAUGGAUUAGCUGAAAUCAUGGUGGCUACCAAAGCGACAAAUUCCUUUCCCCAAGGUGCCGCACGAGAUUUAUAUUGCGCACACCCUACCUUUGGUCGGAUUGUGGACGAACAGUCACAUCGAAUUCUUGGAUUGAUAUCGAAAGUUUUAAAGUGGCAAAAUGUUAAGGGCAACAUUCAACGCCGUCAACAAGACGAACAGUUUGAAAUGCUCCUAGAAUGCAAUGAUGCUAUAAUGGAACGUUUGAACUCAAAUUUGGAUGAACUCGCAGGUAUUAAGAAAAAUCUAAAAACUAUUGUUGUAGAAUCGCAUUUAAAUGUCGCAAGUGGUAAACCGUCAUCUGGAUCUGGUGCUGGAAGUUGGAAUUUAAAGAAAAAUGAAGUAUCACCAAUUGCCGCACGUUUGAUCACGGCAAAAAAUAUUGCCCGACCACAAUUGAAAUUUAAAGUAGCAGUGGAUAAUAGUGCUCUAGCGCCGUUCGUUCCACGAAUAAAAGAUAAACCCAAUUCAUUAAAGCCGCUGGCUGUGUUACCCGAAUAUGAUGAACAUGGUAAUAUUGCGAGUUACCUACAUCCAUACGAGUUCGAGCUGAUGAAAUUAGAAGUCCCCGUAACUCAGUUGAAGCGCACAAAUCCUCAAGUGCCCUCAAAAAUGGAUGAAACCGAACUACUUUAUGUGGAUACAAUACAUAAAUUAAAUACGGCAGUGGAAGAACUGCGUAAACACACUGAAAUAGCAAUUGAUGUGGAACAUCAUUCAUAUCGUACUUUUCAGGGUUUCACUUGCCUUGUGCAGAUCUCAACACGCAACAAAGAUUAUCUCUUCGAUGCUUUAGAGUUGCGCGAUGAAAUGCACGUACUUAAUGUUGUAUUCACUGAUCCAAAAAUAGUGAAAAUAUUCCACGGCGCUGAUAUGGAUAUUGAGUGGCUCCAGCGCGAUCUUUCAUUGUACAUAGUGAACAUGUUUGAUACUCAUCAAGCUGCCAAGGCUUUAAAUUAUGCGCGUUUAUCCCUAUCUUACUUGCUCAAGCAUUAUUGUGACCUCGAAGUCGAUAAAACUUUCCAGUUGGCCGACUGGCGCAUUCGCCCAUUACCAAAAGAGUUGGUAGCAUAUGCGCGCCAAGAUACCCACUAUCUACUCUAUAUAUUCGAUCGCAUAACCAAUGAUUUGCUUGACGCCGGAAACAAUCAGCCAAAUUUGCUACGAAGCAUUUACCAACGCAGCAGCGAAAUCUGCAAGAAGCGCUAUGUAAAACCGCACAUGACAGCUGACUCGCACAUGGAUCUUUAUCGUAAGUCAAAACGUAUCUUCGAUAAUCGGCAGCUGUAUGCGCUACGGGAAGUGUUUCAAUGGCGUGAUUCAAUUGCGCGCCAAGAAGACGAAAGCUACGGAUACGUUUUACCUAAUCACAUGCUGUUACAAAUUUCCGAAAGUUUGCCUCGUGAGAUGCAGGGAAUACUAGCGUGCUGUAAUCCUAUACCGCCACUGGUGCGACAAAACCUACACGUGCUGCAUCAAAUUGUGUUGCGAGCUCGAGAACAGCCUUUGGUGAAGCCUGUGUUGGAGACAGAAACAAUUCAUCGUGUAGCAACCACUAACAGCAAAGAUUACAACUGUAAGUUGUAUUGCCCGCACGAUCUAUCACACAGCGAAGAGUUCCGCGAUGAUUUGCCGACACUGCUAAAUUUCCGCAAUGACGCUGUAAUUUCAUCUCCUGCUAAAGUUGACGUAAAGAUGGCCAAACCUGUGCUGAGCAUUUAUGAAACACCGGAGUCCACGGAUGACGAUGAGGAUCAGAGAAAGCAAAAACAAUUACAUAGCGCUAUAAAAUUCAUUAGUCCAUAUCAACGCUAUCUGGCCAUGCUACCAUUGGCGGAAAAAGAAAAAGCGGAGGAAGCGGCACGCAUCGAGGCUGAAAAUAAAAAACGUCAGUUAUGUCCCGCUGCAAAUCCAUCACCUGUCAUAACAAAGAUGGAAAUUAAAACUGAACCGGCUGAUGAUAAUGAGUAUAAUUUACCAAUUAAAGAAAUCCUCAAGCGCACACAUGAAGAGGCAAUUGCGAAAAAGAACAAAUCAAAUGAUUCAGAGGAGCCCGGUCCGAAGCGCUUUAAGAACGAAACACCUACUGAUGAUAAAUUGAAGUUUAUUAAUUUACCACCCACUAAGAAGGAACUGAAGCAAGCCAAUAAUCAGGCGCCGAAUACCGCCGCUGAUACCAUGACUGCCAAUACAUCUAACAACUCUGUACAUACUAUUAGUGAGGAUUCAGAUAGUGGACCUGAAGAGAUACCGUCUACGUCACAAGCCCAACCGAAGCAGAACACCCCAAAUAGGCAGAGUGGCAAGAAACAGAUGAAGAACAAGAACAUGAAAAACCGGCAAAAGAGUUAUCAGUCCUCUAAUAAACCCAUUGAUCUAGUUAAAAAUUUCGACUACAAUAGUGUGGACUUUAAGAAAUUCCAAGGAGGCGGACAACGCGCCAAGGGCAUGGAACUAAAGCCACAAUUUCAUGGGAAAAGCAAUUCCAACAAGGCUAAUAAUAAAAAGUUCAAUAAGUUAUUUACAUUCAGCAAUGUGAAAGGUAAAAAGUAGACGCUGUUUGACUUUAUUAGGACUGCGUAGCGCCUUUGCUUAAUUAACUACUUUUGAAGUCUUGGACGUAAGAUAAUGUGAAAUUUCUUAUGUAAUUUAUAAUAUUUUCAA